AUGCUGGUGCUUGCUGCCGUGGUGCUGGGAGCAGCCGCGUGGAUUUGGCUACGGGGAGAUGCGCUGGCGCCCCUGAUCAGCGAGAUGGCUCGGCUUGGCAUCCUUCCCACGCGUCUCUGUGCCUCCUCCCUGCACGCUGCUGUUGCGCUGGCCCGCGCGACGAGGCGGCUCCGUCUACGCGGCCGGGACCUGGCAUCCCCAGAGGUGCAGGCCGCGCUGCGCCCGCUCGAGCAGCUCGAAGCCUUCCUCGUCGAGGACUGCACGCUCGAAGUGAAUGGCUUCCAGCAGCUUCGCAAGGCACUCGAGAGUUGUUCAGAGGUGGCCUUCCUGCGCUGCCCCCUCGGCGCCCUCCCGAGCGGCCUCGUGGAGCUGGCGCCCCGCGCGCUGCGGCCGCGCGGCUCGGCAGCUCCUCAGCGCACCCACCUGGCGAUGAGCCUGGUGGCGUUGGACCUCUCUGCGAAUCGCCUGACAGGGUCUGGCCGGACCUUGGCCCUUCUCCUCCGGCAUUGCAACCAGCUCGCGCUGCUCCAGCUGGACGACUGUGCGCUGAGCCUCGAGGACCUGAGCCAGCUUGCCCGUGCUUUGGCGCGCUCGCGCUUGGAGCGACUGGAUUUGGCCGGCAAUGCCCUGCGUCGCGAGGGCCUCCUGGCCGUGGCCAGGAGCCUGCCAAGCUCCCACGUUCAAGACCUGGGCCUCGAGAGGAACGGUAUCGUGCUUGGCGAUGCCCUGAGCGAGUUGAAGAGGGCGCAUGACAAGAGGCCCUUUCCAGGCCUCCGGCUCCAGGGCAACCGCCUGUCCUCCGCUGAGCAGAGGGCCUUCCUUGCCUCCUUGCAGGCCGCCACCUCGCGACGCCUCGCUGGCGCAUUCUGCCCGCCGGGCUGCAAGUGCUUCGAAGGCCGCGGCGAAGUUAUGUGA